CUGUCCUCGUCGACGUUUGCAUGCCAUUCAAUCGACAGCAAACUCUCGCUGCAACGAAGGCUUCUAAGUCAUCAUAGGAGCCUCGAACUCAAAGAAUUUCAUGCGAGGCGCUUCCCAAUUCUGGCAUGGAUUCGCGCAAAUGCUGUUAAGGAGCCAUGUAUUGGCCGAUCGGGGCCCCGAGGACAUAUGCUGCGACCAAGCACGAGCUGCGCAGGCAACAUAAAACAGCUGUUACCAACGAUGGCUUGCAAGACGUCAUCGGAGAAGAGGAGCCGGAAAAUGAGACAACUUCUCCCACUCGGGCUGUUGAGACUAGCAAUGGCAGGGCCAGAGCGAGAAGCGAGGACACAAUUCGGCCUGGGGAUUUGAAUGGUUCGUUCACGGACGGGGUGCCGGAAGGCAUAGGAGAUGCCAUUGUGGACAUGGCGAGUUCGCGGAACGGCCAAUUGUUUGUUACGGCGACAAGCACCACCGUGUCUGUAUGGCAGGCGAAACCCACAACUCUUGUGGCAUCGGUUGUACGAUCAACACACUCGCUGCAAUCAUACGGACCGAACCAACAUGUCAUGCUCAGACCGGACUCAGCCAUCGUGGUCAUACAAACCGCCAUGGACUUUCUGAUCACAUACUCUCUUGUGAUAGAUCCCUCUACGCAAGUAUACAAAUUCACAUACCCAGACCAUGGCAGCGGCCAUGCGCGACAUAAAAGCCUAAGUGGGCAGGCUGUGCGGCAAGGCGAAGAUCCGCACUGGGGGCCUGGCGAAGGUCAUGGAGUGCGUGAGAUCAGCAUGCAGUUCAAAAUGGUUAUCAAGCUCGAGUCUGGCAUAUCCAAAGUGCUUGCCUUGGACGAUGAGCUGAUUGUAGCAACGAACAAGCCAGCUGCGAUGCAGUGUAUACUUUGGACGCCAGACAAGUCUGGCUCACAACAUAGCACGCAUCUGCUCAAGAACAUACCGUGGAUAGCGAAGGACGUCUUCGUCACUGACAUGGUUUUCGAUCGGCCGAUGAAUCUAUCCACCUGGAUCACGAGUGAUGGCCACGCAUACGCAGUUCAAAGGACAAAAGCACGUCGGAGAUCGGAUGGGAGUCUUGGGCAGCGAGCAUUUCAAGGGUAUGCUUUCCAUACUCCGGACUCCGAAGCGACCAAAGCCGUGAAAGCUGCUAUCAAUGCUCGGUUCUCUCUCGUUACUGUGGGUUGCGCGAAUGGGCAAAUUUUGGUGUACAAUGCAAAGGACUAUACUGGAAACAUAACUCUUUCACAUACCGUCAAGCCACCACCUGCCGCGAGCUCGGGCCACGGCUGUCUGACAUUUUUGAGCUAUUCCCCGGACGGAUAUUGUUUGUUCGCCGGCUACGAGAGAGGAUGGGCCACUUGGAGCGUAUAUGGCAAGCCAGGAGCAUGCAGCUUUACUGCCGAGAGAACUAUUUCGGAGGCGAACUCAGAGCAAUGGCUUCUAGGGAUCAAAGAAGGCAUCUGGCUUGGCGGUGGAUCGCAAAUUGUGCUCCAUGGGCAGGAAGACAACGAGCUGUGGAUUCUCGACAUGGCUCGAAGUGCAAUAGUCGGCAAUUUUUCGCCAGCGAAUGUGUCACGGUCUCUGCUUCAGACCAAUGCUGGACUCAUGCUUUAUCGUGGGCAUGACCUUCCCACGUUAACUGCAGUUUCGACAGAGUCUGGGUUCUGGCAUCAUGUCGAAGUACCAAUCACAUAUCUUGCUCGACAAUGGCCAAUUCGUAGUGCCGUAAUUUCGAAUGAUGGACGUUAUGUGGCUGUUGCCGGUCGACGAGGUUUGGCACACUACAGUGUUAACAGCGGAAGAUGGAAGACGUUCGAAGAUCAAGGCGCUGAGAACGAUUUCACAGUUAGAGGAGGGAUGUGCUGGCUGCAGCACGUUCUCGUUGCCGCUGUUGAAACCAGCUACGACACUUUCGAGCUCCGGGUUUACUCUAGAGAAUCGACGUUAGACAACAACAACAUCAUGCACGUUGAGCAAUUAGACUCUGCAGUUGUCAUUAUCGCGCCUUCAGGAUCGGACUCGUUGCUUGUCUAUACGUACAGCAACCUCUUACUGCACUACAUAAUUACCGCCAACAAUUCUUCCGUGAAGCUAUUGCAAGUUGGACAGAUUGCAUUGAACGGUAUAAUACGUGCACCACCGAGAGUGCGAGCACUUAGCUGGAUUUUGCCUGAAGAACAACUUGAGAACGGCGAUCCCUCUCAAGACGUCGCGCUUGCAACCAUUUUAUUCCUGGUCGACGGGAAAUUAGUUUCACUACAGCCUGCUACGAAAGAGACGGGGGAGUUAAAAUACGAGAUGCGCAUCAUCGCGCAGAAUGUCGAAUACUACGCUUUGAUGCGUGAACGACAGAACUCCAGUCCAAGUCUACAAGCCCCUGCAAAUGGUGCGGCAACCAUUCUCUCAAGGGAGCCAGAAGUGCCGCUAUACUACCAAAACGACUUGCGAGACUCGUUGUGGAUUUUUGACGGUACAGAUAUGCGGGUUUGGACUGAUGUGCAGGACGUACUCGCGUCAGCUUCACCCGAGCUGGCGAGAGAAUUACCGGAGCCUGUCAAAAUUCCGGUCGACUUUUACCCAUUGUCAACCGUGCUGGACAAGGGAGUGCUAUUUGGUGUGGAAUCUGAAAUGGUGCAAAGACGUGAUACCAAUUUUGCGUACAUUCGCAACGUGAUUCGAACACACCUCUUCCUACCGCAAGUACUGCGCUAUCACAUUGGACAGUACAACACGCCUUCUGCACUUUACCUUUCACACCGAUAUCAGCACUUACCGUACUUCAUGCAUGCCCUCGAGGUACUCCUCCACGAUGUCCUCGACGAAGAGGUCGACAACCCACCUCCAGAAGACCAUGCUCUUCUACCGAGUGUACUUUCCUUUUUAUCCUCGUUCCCUUCAUUUUUGGCUAUAAUUCUCCAAUGCACUCGCAAAACAGAAGUACGAUCCUGGAGAACGCUUUUCGCACACCUGCCGUCACCGCAGGAGCUCUUUGCCCAGAGUCUAGAGAGAGGGGAUCUGAAAACAGCGGGCGGCUAUCUUCUUGUGUUACACACACUUGAAGACGAGGCCGGGGCUAAGAGCAGCUCGAAACAGGUUGUCGAGCUCCUAAAGCGCGCUAAAGAUGAAGGAGAGUGGGAGCUAUGCAAAGAACUUGCGCGUUUCCUUCGUGCGCUGGACGAAGAUGGCUCAACGCUUCAACGCGCGCUUGAAGAUGUAGGUCUGGCAAGUCCGCGUAGGGAUGGAAUGACGCUGCGUACAUCGCGACUUAGCAUCAGCAGCGGCAAUGUCAGGCCCAGUUCAAUGAAUGGUCUGACCGCCGAGGCUGAACUGUUGAACUUGCAUCGCAAUGUUAUUGAUGAUGAUGACAAGAGCGACAAGCAAGAAUACUUCUCCUAGAGAGACUGCUCAGGCGGAGUAGCAUUUUGAAGUUUGCAAUCGAAGACGAAAAAUUUCUCUUGAUGUAGCAACCAAUUCGUGUGUUUAAACUCAUCCCAACGCCAAGAGGGUGACUUGCAGAGUUCCGGCGGGCAGCUGAGUUCUCAGAGAUAUAGGCAGAUUAGCCGUUAAUUCUUUACCACUCAGGUAAUCUCGUUGGACUUUGUUCUUAUAGUUAAGCGAUAGUAAAAGCAGCUAUGAAAUCUCCACGGUGCAUUCCGAAAAGUCAUCGACUUCGGUACCAUGAAGCAGCCAAGAAUAUAUUAAGGGGCGAGAGGGUUAAACGAGGCAUCAAAUACGAAAUUAGAGGUUCACAAGAAAGCCCGUGUGCAAAAUCGAUCAGUCGCCUUGGUA